CCUUUAAGGCACAUAUGAAGCACAUUCUUUCUCUCAAAUAAUUCUGGCCACUGUAGUUUGUUAAGGGUUGCUGAGAAUUUCACAUAUAGAUCUCUCUGUUCUUCCAUCACCAUUCAAAUCUAUCGUAAGACCCCCUGAUCUGCCAACUGGGUCUGCUUCUCUUCCAUGGCAGUUCUUUCCUGACAAUUACCAAUGUCAACAAAGGCUUUCCUAAAUCCAUAUAUAUGUAUUUUCAUGUUGUGGUAAGUGAAGAAUGAAUAUUAAAUUAAUUAGCUUUGCCAUCCAGCUGCUAGGCGGAGAUGUUAUAGUUCUCCGUAUCUCAAUUACAUUUCCUGAAUGGACAAGUAUGAAUCUUCAGUAGAUAUUACUGAGAUUAGAAGUAGCAAUUAAUGCAAUUACAUAAACAGGUAGAUCAGCCAGGAAUUAACCAGAAGAGUAUAAAAUGCACUCAGAGUUUGUGCUGGACUUAUUGCGUCUGAAGCAGAAUCAAUGAAGAAUCUGGUUCCUGUGUGAAGGAAAGAGCCGGUUGACGGUCUUUCCAGUUUGGCAUCACUUCACAGCUGAUAGGUGGGUGUCUGGCCAGUGUUCCAGGUUUUGUCUCUAUCAUGAAUCCUGCCCCUUUCACCUCUCUCUUCCUUGUCUUUGCCAUGACUUUGGGGCAGAGCAUGUCCCUUUGUGUCCCCGUUGAGUACAUCAUCCACGUGGAGAAGAGAGAAUGUGCCUUCUGUCUGGCCAUCAACACCACGAUCUGUGAAGGAUACUGCAUGACACGGGACAGCAAUGGUAAGAAGCUGCUGCCCCAGAGCGCCCUGUCCCAGGAAGUGUGCACAUACAAGGACAUAGUGUACAAGACCGCGAUGAUCCCUGGCUGUCAACACCAUGUCGUCUCCUACUAUUCCUAUCCUGUGGCCGUGAGCUGCAAGUGUGGGAAAUGCAACACUGACUAUAGCGACUGUGUGCAUGAGGCAAGCAGCACCGAUUAUUGCACUACACCUCAGAAGCUACAUAACCUAUGAGGCCCCUUCUUUUUCUCUCUCUCUCGCACAAAGACACACUAUCCCUCAUGUCACAUGGCAAG